CACACUAACGGAGACCCUACUCCGUCUAGCCCAAACGCCUAUAUGUUUUAUCUUUUUAUUGAAUAAACAUUUAAUUAGGUUGUUUUUCGGGAAAUUCAGAAAACAGAAAAACAGAAAACAGAGGUCGAAUACGGAAGGAAGGAAGUUCCGCAAUCUCCUUCUCCGGCGGUCUCUCCAAAAUCACUCCGGUAACUUGUUUCGUUGUUCGUGGUCGAUCCCAUGUUCAAAAUCACUCCGGUUACCUAUUCAGAAGCGAAGGAAUCUGUGUCUUCGCGGGCAUCUGUCACCAUCGAAAAGCAACGCCGCCAAUUACCAGAUGGUACAAAGUUAGAGAAGGAGAGGGACGCCCUCCUUCACCGGCGAUCGCUCCUGAAUCACUAAGGUCACUUGUUCUUGGUCGAUUCCAUCUCCAGGGUCAACCUUACCCUUCGAGUUCAUACCAGAGGCGAAGGCAUCUGUGUUUGCGGCGGCCUCUGUCACAAUCGAAAAGCGGUGUCGCCGAUACAAUUUCUGAUACAGCCUACACGAUUUACCUUCACUAGAUUCUGUCACCUGCUUCGUCAUCAUCGAAAUCUUUUCUUCCUCUGAUUUUCCCCCUAAUCGAGGUCCUCGAUCCGAGUUUCAUUUCUGUGUCUUUUUAUUCGUUCGUUUGGCACGGUUGGCUUGAUGUGGUCGUACUGCCAUUUCAAGGUUCUAUCUCUUUGUAUGUUAUCAUGAUAGGGUGUGACGAAUUCUGCAUCCCUACAUCGAUCAAUUAAGGUGUAGGGUUCAUUUCACAUUUAGGAUUCUCCUUAGUUUCUGGUUACAAUGGAGCGAAUAUUUUAAUCUUGAGAAUGAGAGGGUUGUCCUAUAUUGGUGAUGCAGGGAGGCUUGCCUUGGCUUCUUCCGUAGUUGGUUCCAGCAUUGUAACAUGAGCAGCAUUGUAAGUUUAGAUUGGGAGCUCGGUUUAUCAAAUUCGAAUUAAGUGUUCAUUGCUUGUCUUCGUGUAUUUAUAGUUUCUUUAGCCACAAGAUCACUUUGUCGUUGAAUUUAUCUCUCUCUUUCAGGUCAAAGAUACUAUGGAUCUUUUGUUUCAGUGCGGGUACACUUUCUUUCUACCGUUGUUGUAAUUCUACUUAUGCUGCUGCACUUUCUUUUUUCAUGCUGCAAUAACUUCACUGGUGCUUCUGUAACUUGGGUGGCUGAAUGUAUAGCUGAGUGGGUUAGCUUAGCUCCAUUAGAAGCAAGUAGAAAAGCAACAAGGGAAGAAACUCAAAGGGAAAAGCAACAGAGGAAGCAACUCUGUGGUUGUAGAGAGAGUAGAUAGUCAGGAAGGCUGCAGAAGCUUGGAAAGUUUUAACAAUAAAAGCGGCUCUCUCAACAAAGAAACUGGUAGAUGGAAUUGGAACACGUGUAAGAAUGGUUCUUCAAAACGGCUCAGGCAUCAAUACUACGGAAACAUAUCGAGAUCAAGGACAUGUUCUGAUGAUUGAUAUAAAGCCAAGUCAACAAGAUUAAAGACAACUAACUGAAAGUAGCUGUUGUUUUUUGUUUCAGGAAUGUUACUGUUACUCUCAAAAUCCAUAAUACAAAAUGAAGUUGACACAACCACUGCUGGCAGUUAGCUUAGAUAGUUCCCCAAGUCGAUCGAUGCCACUCCAAACCAUGUGCAGAAGCAAUUGAUAUUAUAAGUGAACUAUCAAAAUGUACUUGAAAGGCACUUAAUUGAAAGAAUCUGCAGAUAUGACUGCUACUGUUAAACUUUUCUCAUGUACUUUAUUUUAUCUUUAUUCAAUAAUAUUAUAGCACCAUUAUUUGUAGAGAAAACACAAGUUGAUUCAAAAGAAUCACCACUAUCCUGCAUACCCUACCCUCGCUAUAAGAAAGCAACAUUGAACUCCUUAGUAAACAAAGUUAUAGAUUGAAGGUUCAUAAUGGGGGAAAAGCACCAUCCAUAUAAGGAGGUAGCAUACAAUUUGGGCCACUUUGGGGUUCCAACUUGUUUAAAAUACCAAAAAACAUACGCCUUCACCACGUUCUUCAGUCUCCUUGUCCACCUUACCUUCCGUUGUACCAAUCAAGAGAAGAUUCAAAAUGUAAGUACAAAUAGAAAGAACACAAGAAAUGUCCUGCUACUGCUAUUCCUCAAUAUGGUUUUUCUUUCUUCUGUGCCAAAUUCCUCGUCCUCCCAACAGCCUUUCGUUUAUCGAGUUGAUUAAGUUCAAUUACACUCAAAGCAGACAAAUCACCGACCAGACAAAGGAAGUAGUAGUAGAGGCCGAACUUUGAAGCUUAGUAGCAUACUAUAUGACAAAAAUACCCUCAAAUAAGCCAUAAGGAACUAGAUUGACAACAAACACAGUGAGAAAAAUAAACCCAAAAGCCGAGCAACCAACCUUGUGGACAUUGCAUUUGGGGACUUUAUACUAUCGGAGUAACCCCAAGUCGGCAGAUUCAUUACCGUCGUCAAUGACCAGAGUCUGUGCCUCCUCCUCCUUGUCCAUUACAAACAACAAUUGACUCUUCCUAGAAACUCACAAUCAUCCUCACACACUCUAAAUAAUACUAGUCAGUCAUGAAAUUCUUACCUUUAGGAAACACUUCCCUUCUGUCUAACUUGGUCUCUCCGACGCAUACCCGUCAAUCGCUCUACAUUCAACAAUUGAAUGGUGACUCAAGCGCACAAGACCUACACACUAGCAGCGUCCAUCUCACAACCAACUGCUGCCAAAGCUGUGGCUAUCGGUUUCAAAUUCCCCUGCACAUAUUUACAUAGCGAGUUAGACAAAAGGAGUUAUAACACAGCUGGUGAUUCUGUAAGCAACGUAGCCAAAUAUUGAACAUCAUGGCUUUCAAAUUCAUGUACCAAAUGCAGGAAGAAAGAAGAAAUUCAGAAACAUUCUACUUACUGAUAGAAAAAGAAACUAAACUAUCACAGUAAUUAACCUGGAGGCACUGAAAUCAUAACUCCAUACAUACAACUGAUUAAUUCUAGAUCCAUACCACAAUUGAACCCACCAAGAGCCCCUGCCACUAAUGAACUACCAGAUUCUUGUGUUUGUGAAGCUCAACAAGUGACUUCACGAUAGUUUUCAGAACAUUCUUGACCUUAAGUAGAAUGAAGACCACUUCCCAUCCUUUAUAGCACAGACACACAAACGAACAAACAGAUGGUGGUUUCAGUUAUCGGAGAUGGCGAUGACCUCCAUGCUAGGGGAAUCAGACUGGGGGAAAUCCAACAAAUUCUGACCACCUCCGGAGAACAAACAGCUGUCGGUGGUGGCCAUGGGGAUGAAGUAUUCGCUGCCGUCGAGCAACAAGCGAUCGGCGAUUCCGACGGGAAUCUGGACGUAUCUGAUGGGCAUCUCGCAACACUGGCCUAAGCUUGAAUCGUACUCGAUUCCUUCGAUUGCGCUCGGAGAGAGAACGACCGGUGAUCGUAUGCAGGGCCUCCCGGCGUAUAGAGGCGGCGCGGUUGCAAUCCCCCAAUUUGACAGGAGGAGAUGGGAGCUGCGGAAGGAGGAGCUGCCGGCGCGAAGGGGUCGAUGUCAAGCAUGGUACUCGUCAUUUGGACAAUGGGAGAGGACGACAGAUAAGUCGUCGGGGGAUUGAUUUUCAAGAGACCGCCAGAGUGGGAGAUCGAGGAAGUUGGAUUUUGGAGUUUUGGUUCGUUUAGUCCAUCCCUAUUUCUAUUUCCAGAUUCUGCCAAAAAACAAAACUAAUAUCAGUUGCAUUAAUUUAAUUUAUUUAAUGAGAAACACAAUGCAGAGUAUAACGACGGGAGUUCACCGUUAGUUUAGGAGAGGUCGGUUGGGCCACUCUAAUGGGCCACCGAGUUUGUACCAAUAUUUAUUAAACCAACCCAAUCCGCCACGUUAGCUCCACGUGGUCCAAUCAGAUGCAGCGUUACCGGUGCCGCACUUUUUACCGCGACACCGUAGCAUUGGCCGGAAAAUAAAAAGCAAGGGGGAGAUGGGAAUUAAAUACCCAAUCACCUCUUCCUCUAAACCAAAAAAGCUCUCUUUCUCUUUUUUCUCUGUUUUUCUCCUCUUUCAAAGGCAGAGCCGCCGCCAACAAUUAUUUCCGACGACCACUGGCCUUGUAGGUGAGCCUUGUCCACAAUCUAGAAUGUUGAUAAAAGAAAAUGGUGAGUUGGACGAUGAACGAGCUUCUCCGAUGAAGAAGGAUAAAAGCUGAUCGUCCAAAAUGAAGAAGAAGAACCCUUAUCCUACAUCAUAUGACUUUAUUGAAGAAGAUUCAGGUGGUGCGCCUGCCCUCGAUGAAGAAGAAGAAGAAGAAGAAGAAGAAGAAAAUGAAGGUUGAUUGAAUAAUAUAUAUGUUUGUGUUGUUGAGAUUGGUUGGUUUGACAUUUAAUGAUGUUGAUGUUGUUAUGGGGUACUGAUACGAGGGUUUUGGAUACAAUUUAGUGAAAUGUUGGAUAUUAGUCUGGGCAUGUUGGAAGUAGUGUGUAUCCUACUGUUUAAUGCAAUGCUUGAUAGUAGUCUGGUAUAAAUGGAUAGUAUUUUAUUGAAAGUCUGGAUAUUUGUUGAAGCAUAUGUAUUCUAACAGUUUGUGGGUAAGAUUUGACGUAUGUUGGAUGGUAGUCUGGGCAUAUUGAUUUCAUUUGUUUAUUGGACAAUAUGGAUAAUAACAUGCUUCAUACCAUUAACUCGCAACUCAUAAGACGUUGGACCUAAAAAACGAGGAAGCAAGGAAGAACUUUAUCGCACUAAGGAUGAGUGUUUGGAUUUCUAUAAACGCUAUGCUCACAAAAAAAGGGUUUGGUGUUCGAAUAGAUGGGGAACACAUAAGAAAGAUUAAGAAUUCUA